UUUCUCUUACAUCAAGACUGUCUGACUUGGCUGCGUCGGCUACGAUUCUCAAAGAUGCAAAAACAUUAGAAAUUGGUGCAAAAUGGUGACCUAAACGACAGACAGAUCAAAUGGAAUACUCAGAUGAACAUCUCAACUUCUUCAGGCUCUGUCACAUCGUCUUUGAUAUCGUCCCUGAAGGUCUGAGAAAGAUCUUUAAACAAGAAUGGGAUGCUUUAUACACAACUGCGCAUGGUCAGUGGGAUGACACGCCUGUUAGUUAUGCCUCUUUUUACAGUAUGGAGUCACCAGGGAGUCGAACGAGAAACAGACGUCUUCUAAGUUUGAUGUCUAAUGGAAACAGAGCGAAGUGGGACUGUACAAGUUUGUUUCAUGCAAUACUGUUCUCAGACAGCGUGGGAUCCAACAUAAGACCUGUGGUGAAAACUAGUGUGGAUGAUCUUCGUGAAAUUCGUAAUGAAGUAGUGGCACACAAAAACGUUGGAAAGCUGAAUGAUGUGGAGUUUAAAAUGUCCAUUCAAAAGAUCAAAGUAGCACUCUCUUCGUUGAAGCUUGACACAACAAAAAUCAAGAAAACAGAAAAACGGGCUGAUUUUAUAACACAAGAACAAAUAAAUAAAAUCAAAAAAGAGUUAGAAGAUGAAAAGCGACGAAAUAGAGAACCGAAAUCGUUUUGUGUGCUGCCUCCUCAACCUUCUCAUGAUACUAUGGAACGAACUAAAGAGGUUGACGAUUUAUUCCAAGCGAUGCAACAAUUAUCAAUUGAAAAAAAUGGAGAGACGACAACUGUUUACUUGUCUGGGAAUCCAGGUUCUGGAAAGAGCGUAAUGGCAAGACAAGUCGCACAGAAGUACUACGAUAGUGAUGACUCCAAAGAGACAUUAAGAUUCGUUGUGACGUUUAAUGCUUCUACAAUGGACACACUGCUCAUCUCAUACGUAAUGUUUGCUGAGAGAUUAAACUGCUAUCAAGACUGCAUAACGAGCAUUACUACAUCAAAAGAUCUUUCCAAAGAAGAACAAAUCCUUCAAUUAAAAGCCCUUGCUAAUAAACAAGUGACCAAGUAUUCAUCAUGGCUGAUUAUUGUAGAUAAUGUUGUCGACCUGAAAUCGUUUUCUCAAUACUGGCCACAAAGUGGAGAAAAGACAAGUGGCAAGGGACAGAUUCUUGUCACCACACAAGAUGCUCCCUCCAUUAGUGUCAGCUCAUACUGCCAUCAUAUAUCACUCAGUUCUGGUAUGACAGAACACGAUGCAAUUGAACUACUGCAAAAAAUAUCAGGCUAUAGAUCUGAGGACAAUAAUAUCAUACUGGAAGUUUCCAGAGCCUUGGACUUCCAGCCACUUGCUUUAUCCUCAACAGCCGUUUACAUGCGAAGUGUUCGCACCAUCAACAAACAGUACUCGUGGCAUCAAUGCCUGGAGCAGGUUGAGAAGGAACGUGAGAGAUUAGAAAAAGCUUAUGAGCAAACUAGCUUGACCUACAAAUUAACCAUGACUGCUGCAGUGAAUUUAGCUCUACAGAGAGAAAUGAAUGAUGAGAUUAUGCUUCAUGUAUUUCGUUUUCUAUCCGUGAUUGCACCAGAUCCAAUCCCUUUGACGUAUGUUGUGGAGUACGUGGAAAAGUGCCUGCCUGAAGAAGAUAGAAACUUGGUCGCUUUAAAACUUUGUUCUUCAUCGUUAGUAUUGUCAUUGACGCAGGAAGCAAAGGAAAUUAGUAUCCAUCAAGUGGUUUACCACUGUUUACAGACCAACCCAAAGAUAACAGAAUGCAAGGUGAACAUGUUUACUGUGAUUUCUGCAUUUCAUUCACUUCCAAAUAUGAGUGAGGAAAAAAAACAAGUGGAUAAUUUGAUUGCUACUAGACCACUUUUAAACCACUUAAUAAAAAUCUCAAAAGGAAUUUUUGAUUUCGUCAUGAAUGAUAUUGAAAGCGAGAAGGGACUCAAUGAUCAAACAAUGCAUGUUCUUUAUAACUGCUCGAAUGUUUUACACAAACACAACAUUUUUGAGAACGCACAACAUUUAUGGCAAGUACUUUUAGCUUUACAAACAUCUAAGCCCCCGUCAUCAAAGGCACGAGAAAUAUUGAUCUUGUUGAAAGAUGACCACAUUAAAUAUAUCUCAAGUCUUAAUCAAAAUGAAAUUAAUCCAUUGGUAAGUAAUACCUUGAACAACUUAGGCGUUGUAUAUAAAGAACUAGGCCAAUUACAGGAAUCAAUGAAGUAUUACGAAAAAGCACUGACCAUCUACACAGCUGCGUACGGUGAAAACCAUACAUCGGUAGGUGAUACCUUGAACAACUUAGGCGUUGUAUAUAAAGAACUAGGCCAAUUACAGGAAUCAAUGAAGUAUUACGAAAAAGCACUGACCAUCUACACAGCUGCGUACGGUGAA